AAUCGCGUCUCAUUGACACAUUUGCCCUAUACGGCUUCCGUACCACUUCACAUGUGAUCAGAGAAGGUCAAUCAUGGCAGCCUGCACUGCCGGAGUCGACAAAUUUAUCAUUUCACUGAGGUUAUUAAGAAACCUCCAGCUCCAGAAUGGACGUUUCUUGUCCACGUCAAUAUGUUGUCAUGCUGCGGGGAGUUCCAGCGAGCAGCCACCAAAAUUUACCCCUCCAUCCAAGCCUGUCAUCGUAGAUAAAACAAAGACUGCGGCGUCUCAGCGAAUAGUUUUGAGCCCGGAGUUCAUCCCUCCGAGACAGAGAACUGAUCCUUUGAAAUUUUUCAUCGAGAGGAAAGACAUGAUCCGCAGGAGGAAAAUGCUCAACAUCCCCGAGUUCUACGUAGGGAGUAUCCUGGCAGUGACCAUGGCCGAUCCUCAUGCCAGUGGGAAAACUAACCGCUUUGUUGGCAUCUGUAUCCAGAGGGGUGGAAAGGGUCUGGGGGCCACGUUUGUCCUGAGGAACAUCAUUGAUAAUCAAGGUGUGGAGAUCUGCUACGAGCUUUACAGCCCUCGCAUCCAGAAGAUUGAGGUGCUGAAGCUGGAGAAGAGACUGGACGACAACCUGAUGUACCUGCGAGACGCUCUACCUGAGUACAGCACUGUGGACCCGGACAUGAAACCUGUGCCCUUAUCGCCCACGGGCGAAGUUCCUGUUAACCGGACAAAGGUAAAGAUGCGUCCAAAGCCGUGGUCCAAACGCUGGGAACGACCCAAGUUCAACAUCCAGGGCAUCAACUUUGACCAGUAUCUGAGUCCAAUGCAGAUGAAGCACGCCCAGAAGUGGGCACAGCCUUGGCAGGAGUACGACAUGCUGAAGGAGUACGACACCUCCAAACUGGAGAAGCAGAUCCUCCGUGAGGUCCAGCAGGAGAUGAGCAAGUGAGGAAGAUCAGUUUUACCAUCAACAGACUUUUUUCAGGAGUGGGAGAGGACCGGAACGUGUUGUUUCUUUUUUUCUUUUCUUCUUCUGUAUGUUUGUGUUUGUCAGCCUGCUAUAUAGGAUGAGCUCUUAAUGUCAGUGGCCUGAGUUUUGCCAUGUAUCACCAUGCAGAUCCAUGAAAUGUUUUCUCUAAUAAAAAUUCUUAAACCUUA